UAUCGACCGCGUGUCCAGUCUCAGCUCAAUCAGGAAUAAACUAGUGAAAGUGUUACGAUCUAACUUCACAGUGCAACAAAUAAAUUGUUACAGAUAAAAUCGAGCAGGAUGACCCUUGGCCCUAGGGAGGUCAUGAGGUCGGAGGCAGUGGAUGGUUUGACAGGUCCCGCUCAUCCAAUCCCCAAUGAGUCACUAGACUGCGGCUGUGGUCAGUUACCUUGUCCCAAAUUGGUGAAAUACGCAACGAGGAAAUUUUUUGUUGGACUUUUGUGCUGGAUUGGAUUCAUUCAGGCAGCGGCAAACGCCUAUUUCGUGCUGACCAGUUCCACCGUUGCCAGGCGGUUUCAGUUCGAGCCGAAUACGUUGGAAUGGCUGUCAUUGGGAACUGAUGGUCUUCUUCCAUUCCUAAUCGCGCUGCCAGUGGCCUACUGGGGUGACAGAAUCCACCGGGCAGCCUGGACAGGCGGUCUCGUAUUAAUCCAAAGCGCUGGUUUCCUACUCUUCAUUAUCCUCCAUUUCACCCACCCCUCUACCAGAGUAAUCGAGGAGACUACUAAUGUCACCCAUCUCUCCCUAUAUGCCGAAGACAAUCCGGAGCUGUGCACGCAGGCGGGAUUAGCAAGGAUCUCCAUUAUUGAAGAUAAUAUGUGCUAUAUUACAUUGACUAUCAUUGUCCUAGCGUUAAUUGUCAAUUGCAUGGGGAACGUUGGAUUCUUUGCACUGGGGAUCUCCUAUUUGGAUGAUAACACCAGGAAACGAAGUGUGGCACUACCCAUUGCCAUUAUUUUGGGAGUCAGAAUUUUUGGGCUUUUGUUUGGGCAUUUGCUAGCCUGGGGAUGCCUUCGGAUGGAUGCUGAGAAUUUGAUGGAAAAGGUCGAAAGCUACAGGGAGCAAAUUGGGGCCUGGUGGAUUGGAUGGAUCAUUUUGGCGAUCUUGCUGGCUAUUCCGGGAGUUCCUAUGUCUUGGUUACCUCGCCGACUUCCAUCUGAGGUAGUCGAGCAAGCUGCAGCAUCGAUUGUCUCAGAACGUGCCGGCAGACGGAGUCCCCUUUCGGAGUCAUCCCUAUCAGAGGACUCCAGAAAAGUUGGCGAUGCUGGUUACUUUUCCUCCCUCUACCGUCUAUGGACGAACAAAAUUCUGAUUUGCAAUAUUUUCGCGAGUGUUUUCUGUAUCAUCGCUCUUGUCAACUUUACAAAUAAUGAGGACAUCAUCCUCGAGUCUGACUUCUAUAUUCCGCGGCCUUCUGGAUUGCUCUUGGGAUUCGGAGAUCCUCUCACCUCCAGAAUAAUUGCACUUCUUCUGAGACCGGUCAUUAUUGGCGCAGUAAUCAUCAUUUCUGGAAUCAUCAUCGUCAAAUUUCGACCUAGAGUUAGAUGGCUGGCAGGUUACAACGUAAUUGCUGUAAUAAUUGCUGCGACAAUAGUUCUGUCCUUGGCGUUUCUAUCCUGCGAAAAGCCAGCGAUUGCCGGUGCUAAUCGAAAAGGAUCGAUAACCCUUCUGAGAUAUUGCAAUAAGGAUUGUCGCUGUUCUCGCGACGCAAAUUUCCAUCCUGUGUGUGACAGCAAAGGUUCCCUCGUCUUUUACACUCCCUGUCAUGCCGGAUGCACUGGAGUGGAUGACUCUGGAGAUAUCAAAAAGUAUACGGGUUGCAGUUGCAUCAGAGAAAUCACCGGUUUGACUGAUAUAACGGCGACUGAAGGUCCAUGCGAUUCAACGACGUGUCAAAUUGGUUGGAUUGUGUUCGAGGUGAGCACAAUAAUCGCUUACUCCCUGAUCUCCUCCGCUGCUGUGUCGACCCUCCUAAUUGCCCUGCGCUCGACCUACAUCCAAGACAAAGCCCUAGCCAUCGGCCUGUGGAUUUCCCUGACUGCGCUCUUCACGCACAUCCCUGGGAGACUCCUCUACUGGCUAAUUGCCGAAAAGACCUGCAUCCAUCGAGGAGCAGCGUCGUCCCUCUGCCUUCUUCACGACUCGCACACUCUCGGAGCCUACCUCGCUUACCUCACAACCUUCCUCCUCCUGAUUGCUGUCGUCUUCGGAGUACUGACAUUCUUCUUCAGUCAGGGAUUGAAGAUCUAUCGAGAUUCCGAAAUAGAUCGGUACGAUUCUCACCACAGACCAGAACAGAGGGUUCCUCUGAUGCAAGAACCACUCCCUGCUGCCCAAGCACGUCAGGACGAGCCUGAAGAACCACAUGACGACCCAAUUGGAGACGUGACCACUGCCACAAUCGAUGAUCACCCAAUCGCCAACGAGAACGAACAGAGAAACGAACGAACUUCGACUUUAGAAGAGGACCAAAUGGCAAAAACUCCAGCGAAAGUGAAUACUCAUCUGAGAUACGGUCCCCUGGGCCCUGGGAAUCCCAGAAUCACGAUGGAGGAUUUGAAAGAAGUGAAGCUAAAGCCCAUCAGUGACAGCGAUGACACAGAGGACGAGCACUCGUUUACUGACAGACGAGCUCCAAUCUCCUUGACAACGAUACAGUACAAACGUUUGGAGCUACACUCCGAUGCUGACACCAGCGAUUCUAGUCCUGAAGCACGAAGAAGGGUUACGACUCUCCAAGCAUCAUCCUCCGAGCUUUCCAGAAAGCCUGACAGCAAGAGAAGUCUGGCGUCAGGAGGGAAUACACUGGCUGGAUUCUCCAAGACUGAUGACAUUGAGUUCACGAAGUGGGAGAAGGGUAAGAAAAAAGAGAGACCUUACACGGGAGAUUUCAAUGAGGUCGGCAUUCCCAUUGUCAAUUACGCAUUGACGUCGGUCAGUUCGAAGAGCAUUGGGGCCUUUCUCAAUUCUCCCAAGUUUUCGGCUGAACCUACGACGUCGAAAAAUCAAGGAAAUGAUUUCACAUUGCAAGAGAUAUCCAGGGACGUCAGUCGGGGAAUGUCACCUGCGGAGCAGGCUUCCUCGGGUUUUGGGUCGUGUGCUUCCGAUUUGCAUAAGACUACCGCUGAAUUAUCAGCCCGAAGGCUAGUUUUAGAAACUUCUGAGACUGAAGAUUCUAGUACUAAAUCCAGUAUUCCAGCGAGCAAGAGAAGACCAAAACCUUCGUACUCUACAGCACUCUAAUUUUCUAUCUUCAUUUUGUAUUUUUGAGACAAUUCAUUACUUUUAGUCAUCUAUUAAUUCGCAUCGUAAUAAUGUAGACAUAUGGUUUCAUAUUUAUAAUAAUAGCGAUUAGUUACGUACUGUAAUUACAUCUUCAACUCGAAUUAUAAAUAUACAAAUUUUUCUCAA